UCCAAAUCCCAGAUUAAACACCCCCAGCUCUCUUUCCAACAAGCAGCACUCCUACAAGUCCCUGCCCCCCUCUUCCUCCUUGUGUAACUGUACUGAGCGUGGAUUACUAAGCUCUGAAGCAAAGCGGGGGCUCUGUCAGGCUCCGACCAGAAUGGUGAGGUGGUUUCAUCCCAACAUCACUGGGAUAGAGGCAGAACACCUCCUCCUGACACGGGGCGUCCAUGGCAGCUUUCUAGCGAGACCCAGCAAGAGUAACCCAGGAGAUUUCACUCUCUCCGUCAGGAGGAACGAUGAGGUCACCCACAUUAAAAUCCAGAACUCAGGGGACUAUUAUGACCUGUACGGAGGGGAGAAGUUCGCCACAUUGGCCGAACUGGUGCAGUACUAUACCGAGCAGCAAGACCUCCUGCGGGAGCGGAACGGAGAUGUCAUCGAGCUCAAAUACCCCCUAAACUGCAAAGAUCCCACAUCUGAGAGGUGGUAUCAUGGGCAUCUCUCGGGUAGAGAUGCUGAAAAGCUCCUCAUGGAGAAGGGCAAGUCUGGCAGCUUCCUGGUGAGAGAGAGCCAAAGUAAACCAGGAGAUUUUGUGCUUUCUGUCCUCACUAAUGAAGAAAAGCAUGAAAAUGUGGACCGCAAAACUAAAGUCACCCAUGUCAUGAUACGUUAUCAGGAUGGUAAAUAUGAUGUAGGAGGAGGAGAGAGGUUCGACACUUUAGCAGAUUUAGUCGAGCACUAUAAGAAGAACCCAAUGGUGGAGAAAAGUGGAAUUGUUGUGCACCUUAAACAGCCGUUCAAUGCCACAAGGAUAAAUGCAGCAAAUAUUGAAAACAGGGUGCGAGAAUUAAAUAAAGUUGCUGACAGUUCAGAGAAACCCAAGCAAGGCUUCUGGGAAGAAUUUGAGGUUUUACAGCAGCAAGAAUGUAAACUCCUUUAUCCCAGGAAAGAGGGACAGAGACCAGAAAAUAAAAAUAAGAACCGAUACAAAAACAUUCUACCCUUUGACACCACUCGAGUGCAGAUCAAGGAGGUGGAUCUUGACGUGCCUGGCUCUGAUUACAUCAAUGCCAACUACAUUCGAAGCAUGCACGAAGAAGGUCGUCAUGUGGAUGAGGGUAAAGUGUUUAUCGCCACUCAGGGUUGCCUUCAGAACACUGUCUUAGACUUCUGGAAAAUGGUGUACCAGGAAAACACUCAUGUUAUUGUCAUGACGACCAAGGAGAUGGAGAGAGGGCGGAAUAAGUGUGUGCGGUACUGGCCGGACUUAAAUUCCACUAAGGAGUUUGGGAAGGUGUGUGUGAAGAACACUGAGGAACAUACAGCUCAGGACUACAUACGGCGAGAGCUGGAGGUUACACGUCUUGACAGGAGAGAGCCACCCAGGUUUAUCUGGCACUACCAGUACCUGAGCUGGCCUGAUCACGGUGUUCCCAAUGAACCUGGAGGGGUUCUUAGCUUCCUGGAGCAAGUAAACAGGACUCAGAGUGCCAUUGCUGAGAGUGGACCCAUAGUGGUUCACUGCAGUGCAGGGAUUGGAAGAACUGGCACAAUUAUUGUGAUUGACAUACUUAUUGACAUCAUAAACAGACAAGGGUUGGAUUGUGACAUUGACAUUCCAAAGACCAUUCAGAGAGUGCGCCAGCAGCGAUCCGGUAUGGUGCAGACUGAAGCCCAGUACAAGUUCAUAUACAUGGCUGUUCAGCAAUACAUCGACACUGCUCAGAAGAGACUAGAAGAGGAGCAGAGGAACAAAACAAAGGAGAGAGAAUACUCUAACAUCAAAUACCCACAGAUGACAAAUUCCAGAGCCAAGCCAAAUACGAGCUCAUCUCGUACUUCAUCUGUAACGAACGAUGACUCUGGUGUGUAUGAAAAUGUAAACAUCAAGAAUCCAAAGGGCUCUGCAUGUGGUAACACCCGGAGAUAAGCCAUGUGGGCUGCUGUCUUAGAAGCUCUGAAAUUCGAACAGAGGUGCGCUGUAGAAGCACCUGACCAUGGAGCAACUCUGAAGGGGACUGGCAGCACCUACUGUACGCUUCAAGCUGGAGAUUCCACAGAGAUCUCCACAUCUCCUCUCUUUUUCUCCUGCCUCCCCUCUCAGCCGAGUCUGAAAAGCUCACACUCCAAAACCAAGUGCCUGAUCUGCAGCCGAAACUGCUCCUACAGAGAGGAGGAUGUUUGACUUGGUGCUUUCUCUUCCCCCUUGUUGUAUAAUAAUCACUGCACUAAUCUACAUUUGUAUAUGUCUGAAAUAUAUUAAAUAUUCAUAUUUACACUCGGUGACAUAACUUAGAUGAAGCUACACUCUUUCCACAUGCUCUAUGUUUCCAGACCUUGCUUUGUCUACUGGAUGUGGUCUACUGUAACCAAAGACCUUUUCUAGAUCACUCAGUAUCGCACGAGUACCAGUCAUUAGCACUGUGUUGAGUGAUGCUCGUGGCUUGGUGAUGUAAGAAGAACAGAUCUACACCACCUGUGCUACCCCUCAGGAAUCACCCCUUUUCUUUGGAGGUGAUGUAAGCUGGAGUGAUGGUUGCUCUGAGAGGCUGGUCAAUGUGUGACCAGUGAAUCGGAUUCCUAGUCAUUAGUUGUUUCAAACAGACUGAUUUGGUACAGUGUGAUAGGAUUUAUACAGUAUGUGCCAAUUAGCAGCCUGUGCAUCAUGUCUGUAAAAUCUUCUGCUUUGAUGCUGUUUUAUUGAGUGUUACCGCCGAGCUAAUGAAAAUUCUUAAUCCAGUAAUUUAAAAGGCUUAAUCCAGACGUGGCUAUUAUUGGUUUAGGUCAGCGUCUUUGGGGAUGUCACAAGAUGUCAGAAUGCUGCAGAUGAGUUUGGCUGGACGUGUGUUGGCUUAUAAAAACAAACAAAAAAACAAGGGCAUGAUGUGUAUGAUUAAUCACAGCAUCUGAAUGUGAAAGUGGCAUUAUUGUUGAUGGCCACAUGACUGGUUUUGUGUUGUCACGAGCAGAAGAGUUCUGGAAUGUGGUUCGAGUCGAGGUGGAUUGGGUCUGUUUUUGAGUGGAUGGCUGUAUUUGAAAGGACAAGAUGUAUGGAGAAGUUUUUAUGUUUUAUAGAUCUCUGGGAAGUGUAAAAGCAAUGUUUAUCACUGCUUAUUAAAAUCACUUAUGAUAAUACAUGUUAAAUCUGUUUUAAGCUGUAUAAGAGCAUUUUUACAGUGCAAGUAACAUAUGAAUGUACUGCUUUUGACUGAAGACUGAAUACAUUCUAAUCUGCGAUUUACGUACCUGAUCGUGUGUGUGUACCUGAUCGUGUGUGUGUGUAUUAUCCUUGAAAGCUUGGAUGCUGUUUUUAUGAUCUUACUGUUUCAUUUGGUUUGAAUUUUCUCUUUUCCUUUGUUAAAAAGAGUAAGGGGUCAAUAUUUUGAGUGUGAGAUAUGUAGACUUCAGUACUUGACAUUUAUUUUGAAUCUUUGCUGCAAGGUUGUGUAUAUGGCAGAAAGUUCGAUGUUCAGAAUAUACAACAUAUAUUUUAAGUUUUUGGUGUUUGCCAUCAUCGUGGUAUUUUGUGUUAAAUAUCUGUUGUUCCUUUUUCCUGUUUUUGCUCAAUUAUUGAUCUGGUGUCAGUUGUACAUUUCAGUUGUUUGUUAAUACAUGAAUGGAAAUAUUCACAGCUAAAUUCUACAAAUUGUUUUAGAAUGCUUUAACUAUUAUUAUUUUUAUGAUUGUAAUUAUUAUACAAAUAUUGACCGUUAUGAAGCAAUUUGCUAGCUUUAUCACAAUUUUAAAGUCUUCUCUUUACAUUUACUUGAAUACUAUGUUGGUGGGUCUUUUUUAAUUUCAGUUUUUUUCUGGUGGUGAUCAAUAGGUUUGAUCUGAAUAGUGUUGUGCCGACUGUCCUUGUGUGGUAAAGACUGUGUUCCCUCUUGCACUGGUUCAGCCUAAAAUGCCUUCUGCCCUGGCAAAUACAGCUGAUGUAAUGACUGCAUCUCUAAUGAUGAUAAAAUAUUUGAUAUUAAAUAAAAGUGUACACUGAAAAAAUUCGCCUAAUUUUGUC